CUGGCUUAGACAUUUUGUUGUGUAACUCGUGCGAGUGUUUUUUUUUGUUCUUGUCCCUGGAUUAUCCGCCCCUUAUGUACAGAACACACCGCUGGGAAGGUGGUGUAUUUUCAUCCCAAAAUGUCUCGAGAGAAAUGGACGGCUCUACUUAGAUGUGGGCAUGGUACAGCACCCACUGUCCGCAUGAUGCGUGUAGUCUGCAUGACAGAUGCUGCAUGACAUGUCAGACGUACAGCAUGGUCAACGGCUAGGGUAGUGGUGGUCAGUGAUGGACUAACAGACCCAGAAUUGUUGACUGCAUUGACCCCUGACCCAAGCCAGCAGCUGAGGUCACUGAUUGACCCCUGACCCAAGCCAGCAGCUGAGGUCAGUGACUGACCCCUGACCCCUAGACCCACGCCAGCAGCUGAGGUCAGUGACUGACCCCUGACCCCUAGACCCAAGUCACCAGCUGAGAUCAGUGACUGACCCCUGACCCCACGCCAGCAGCUGUGGUCAGUGACUGACCCUUGACCCCUGACCCAAGACGACAUCUGGGAGAUCUAUGAUGGUACCCUAGACUGAAGCACUAAACCACAGGUUGACGAUGUACACAAGAAUCGUCAGCAGACAAGUUUUCUAACCAGGAUUAUUGUUGUGGAUUAAAUUCAAAGGAUUAAAGUUCAAUCAGAAAAUCAAAAAGCGAUCAGUGAAGCGUGUACAUAGUGAAACCAAAAGGCAGAAAUAUAAUAAAAAAAAAAACCAUGAAAUCCGUGAAAUUUUCGCUCAGUUCAGACCUGCUGGCCGCAUCUGUUUUGGUGUUUAGUUUCGUAACUUUGGUGGACUGUCAAUUUUCCGACUUUUAUACAAACCUUGAAGCUCUAUUCUCCGGAUCCCCACCCACCCCGCCCACCAAUGAGAGUAGGCAGGGGCGGACCACUGUGAAAACCGCCUUACAGUCACGUGGUCAGCCGGCUUCCGGUGCCCAGAGCUCUCCCGGUGACCUGUUCAGUCUGAUGGAGAUCAACAGGUGGGAUAAGAUACCGGAGACUCUCUUGGUGCCGGCAUCUUCCGGUACUAGCCGGAACACCGCCGGCAAGUCGAGCGGCUCCCCCGGGGUCAGCCAGAAGAUGGGUCAGUGGCAGGGCAUCCCGGUCUUUGAUUCUUCCCACACGGCUCAAAGCUGGGACUAUUCUUCCAACGGCCUUGAACCUGGCCCCAACCCUGGAAUCGACUCUGGAAACAUGGUCGGCGGCCAAGGGAGGAAUCAGGAGAGUCAGGAUUUCUUCCUCCCACUGGCUGACCACUCCCCUGGGUCAACCAUGGCCGACCAGCCCGGCCCCAUGGCCGACUGGUCCUCUCCCCCGGUCAGCAAAGACACGUACAAGUACGAGGACGAGCCGACGCCCAGACCCAGGCCACCCUCUGAUGGCGAGGCGAUGGCCAAGGCCAUUCUACGAGGCCAGGUCAAGCGAUGGGAGUGGAACUACUCGACAACUCUGGGCAGGGGGUCGUCGGGUGGGGGCGGGAACGACCAGUACAUCAGCCACGUCGAGUGCUGCCAGCGUCUGCCCUACAUCUGCGGCAUCGACAUGAUGUGCGUCAUAGAGAAGAGCCAGUGCGAGGAGUUUUGUGUGUGCGCGGGCAAUCCCAGCAUGCCCCACUGUGUCAAGGACGUCAUCCCGCGCAUCAAGAAAACAAUGGCCGUGCUGGAGCACAAGAUACUCGAGAAGAUGUCCAAGGAACUAAACCUGCCCACACCGAGGCCGCUGACGCCUUUACCUGAAACAACGACACACCAUCCCGUCACUGUAAGGCGUGUGUAUGCCCCGCCUGCUAGAGCGAGACCUUCAGCAAACACAACAACAAAACGAACAACCACAACCACAAAACGAGCACCCACAACUACAAAACGAACAUCCACAACCACAAAACCUACAACAAAACGAACAACCACAACUACAAAACCUACAACAAAACGAACAACAACAUCACCUACAACAAAACGAAUAACAACAUCACCCACAACAAAACGAACAACCACAACCAUAAAAUUCACAACCAGGACAACAAAACUACCAACGACCACAUCAAAAACUACUACAACAACGACAAAACCAACAACUACAAAACAAACAACUACAACAAAAAAACCAACAACUACAACAAUAAAAUCCACAAAAAUAACAACAUCAAUACCACCUCCACCACCAACACGAAUGACACAGCCACCACCAUCACCAACACCACCAACCGCUAGCCCCCCUACUCCAGCACCAAGGCUCACCCCCACCGCCCCAGACCUAACGACACCCGAGUCCCACCCAGCCAACGAGUCUCUCGUCUUCCUGUCUGUGGCAUCUGCCCUCAGUCUAGAGCAUUCUGCCCCUGCCAUUCACCAACAAUCUGCCCCUGCCCUACAGCAGUCUGCCCCUGUCCUUCACCAACAAUCUGCCCCUGCCCUACAACAGUCACCUGCCCCCACCACAGCUAAGACCCCAACCUUCUUCAUUGCCCCCACCACCCCACCACCAUCACAAGGCGCGCGACGAGAAUUAAAGAGUCGAGAAGCCACCACCAACCUACCCCAGCCCACCACCAACCUACCCCAGCCCACCACCAACCUACCCCAGACCACCAACAACCUACCCCAGACCACCAACAACCUACCCAAAUCCACCACCAACCUAUCCCAGCCAACUAGCGACCUACCCCAACCUAUCACCACCCCACCCCAGCCUACAACGCCAGAGCCGUCAGACUACAGAGAAACGAGAUCAGAAUCUAGACCAAACCCAGCUUCGGCGCAGUCGACCUCAUCAGCUGACCACGCUAACCAAUCAGAUUUGACAACAAAAACAAUCGUGUCCGACACAGCAUCUAGGACACCCAGCCACACCGCAGACGACACACCUGACCCCACGACAACACCACCUGCCUCACGUCUGCUUCACUCUGUAGCAGACACCGCAACGGGAGGUCAUCCUUCAAGCACACCACGUGCGUCAUCAGCCACCCAAAUGCCAGAAACUCCAGAAAGCUACAGUAGAGAAUCAGCACAAGAUGUCAGUAGACAGGAAGGUGUAGCUCCAGGCUCUUUUACCGGCACAACCGUCGCACAGCAGACGCGUGACGUCACCAGAAAUGGCUUCCUCCCGCUGAUAUCAUUCUCUGAUAUCUGGCACCCCACCAACAACACCCCCGCCCCUGCACGCCCUGCCACACCCAGCCCAACAUCCGGUGCCAACAUGUCUGCCGACCCCUCCCCCCACCUCCCCAGACUGACCAGCGAGCAGGAACUGUUUGCCUGGCUCAACCCUGGACGUGCGGGCCAGCAGAUGAACUUUGACCUGACGACAAGUGCCGCAGUCCCGCCGGGAUCCGAACCUGAUGACUCUUGUGACGAGCAGUGCGGGGCGCGUGGAGGGAAGUGUAUGAUGGGCAACGACUUCAAACCACGCUGUGUCGUGCUGACCGAUGACCCGUGUGCUCACUUGACCUGUAUCCACGGCAGGUGCGAGCCACGUGCAGGUGUCCACACCUGUAACUGCACGCAGGGUUGGACUGGCACCUUCUGUGAACAACCCUGUCCACUGGACUGUGGGGAACAUGGCGUCUGUAGCCGGGUUGGCUCCAACCAAACGGGUUGCAUCUGUCAGCACAACUACACGGGGCACCAGUGUGACGAGAUACGGAAGUUUGUCACCACAGAGUUCACCUUGGAGCCGGAUGGCCUGGCAGCGUGGGAGGUGGCCAUCGUGGCCGUGGUGACGGCCAUCUGCCUGGCCCUGGUCUGUGUCCUACUGCCCUACAUCCUGUGGAGGCGUCAGUGGCUACCCAUCAGGAAACUUGUCUUCUACUUCCAGGAGUACGAAGAUGAUGAUGACAAAGAGUAUGACGCCUUCAUCUCCUACAAGUCCACCCCCCGGGACGAGAGGUUCAUCCUGCAGCACCUCUACCCCAAGCUGGAGAAGGAACUCGACUUCCGGUUGUGUCUGCACUUCCGGGACUUUCCACCCGGAGAACCCAUCGCCAACAACAUCAUCCACGCCAUAGAGAACAGCCGCCGCACCAUCAUGGUGCUGUCGCCCAGCUACGUGUCGUCCGAGUGGUGCCGCAUGGAGUACCAGAAGGCGCAGUAUGAGAUGCUGAGACUCAAGCACAAGAUCAUCCCCAUCGUACUGGAGAGCGUGGACGACAUGCCUGAGAUGGACUCGAACCUGCGGACCAUCAUCAACACCGUCACGUACAUCCAGUGGCCAGGCGAGGAGGAGCCCAGCUCCAGCAAGAAAGUCGACAAGUUCUGGAAGCUUCUGGAACUCUCCAUGCCCAAGCGGAAACUUUUAGGCCGAUCUUUAGGCUCGUUUGGGAGCUGUUCCAGUGACGCUCCGCUGACGUCAGUCUCAAAGACGUGUUUCAACAGCAUCGUGACGUCACUGAUGGAUAGUGACGUCAUAUCGAACUCGUCGCUGAAGAGCUCCAGCUUUACGGGCACUGACGAGAGCGGCAAGCCCAAGUUCAAGGACACGGACAGCAGCGCCACGUCCUCGUCCAAUAAAACUCUGGCACCGUCGGAGAAGCAGAAGUUGUUUUCAGAGAGCUCCAUCUUCCCGCCAAAAACCGUUUGCCCUCUGCUGAAAACUCUGGCACCGCCCCCACUCCCCCAUGUGGUCAGCGCCAGCGAGCUGACCGCUGCCGGCGGUCUGGACAUCAACAUGUCGGCCAUCAGAACUUCCGCUUCCUGUCAUGCGUUCACUUCCGGCUCACGUCGGACCAGCGCCAGCGAGACCGUGAGAAACAGCCCUGUUCUGGCCGAGCAGCCGGCUGUACCGGCGAGCUGCAUUCCUGAGCCGGACGAGCCGGCGACUGACGUAUUGAAGCCGGCAGUACCGGCAACUGACACGACCAUGCCGGCUAAAUCGGCGUCAAGCAGAGCUAAGCCGGUCGUGCCGGUCAGGAGCAGAAGUCACGUGUCUAGCGAUGAUCACGUGAUUGAGAUUCGCGAGGUGGGCGACAAGAUACAGGUGACGUCACGUCCGCCCAGGCGACAUGCGCGGGAGCUGCUCGUCUGACGUCACCUGACCUCAUAUUAUGACGUCAUUGGCUCAGCGAUAAUUGACUCAGAUAUCUAAUCUGGAAGUGGAAAAUCCAUGAACAGAUCUAAAAGGUUCUAAGAUAAUUAAUCAGCAGCUAGAUUUGGACUAGCUGUCCUUAAUGAGCAAAUCACGUUUCGAUUGUGACUAGAACUUGAUUGAUUGUGACUUAUUAGCAGCCAAAGAUGGACUGGUUGGAAUAAUAAUUAAGAAUGUAAUUGUCUUGGCUGUGAUUAAUUAGCAACUAGAACAAUUUUGCCUGUGAUUGACUCAGCAGCUAAAAAAAUGACUAUAAUUAAUUAAAUUAAUUAGAUGAGCUGAUAUAGACUUGAUACAACAGCUGACGUGUGAAGAGAACAGCCGCAGGCCUGCCUGGGUAGGUUGUGGCAUCUGAGGUGUUUCAUCGACCCCCACUCCGCACCAAGACCCAGACCCCACCCUCAGCCCCUACCUGGGUACCUGGGUCCAGUAGUCCACGUAAUUAACAGUUAAACUAUCGUUAGUUAACGGUAUAAGUACUGUUGCUACACGUCCUGCUGACUUAUUAAUUUAGAAGUGAGCAGAGCUCAGCCCUAUUCGGUUCUAGACAUCAAAUGAACACGUUUAUGUUUUCUAAGAUCACAACUGUCGCCAGGACGGGUCAAGUAGAGUCAGUGUGUUGUUAGGAUUAUGAUGAGCAUCCUGAUGUGUGUAGGACACACCAACCCAAUGUUUACAUACACACCGCGACCUAACCGGUAUUCUGAACAAAGGUUGCAUGAGUAGAUACAUACAUUUGGGUCUGAAAGACUAGUUCAUGAUUAGAUCUUUCUUGCGAUCACCAAACUAGUUUAUGAUUAGAUCUAACUUUCUCAAAAAUAAAAACUUCCUACAAAAUUGUCAAUGUGUU